CGCCCAGAGGCGACGGAUCUUCGCAGACAUGGUGGGGCCGCGACUGGUGUCUGUAUGGGUGUUGCCAUUAAUCCUGCGGGCCGGCGCAAGUGCAGAUGCUGCGGGUGGGUUAAUAUGCGUGGCUCUGGGGAGGAGGGUGACUCACUCUGACUCUUGUCCAGGCCAGAGCCUGUCGUUUGAAUUCCCCAAACCGGACAGGGUCACACCCAUGGAGGAAGCGAAAGGUGAAAUCUGUCUGCUAAUGUGAAGUAAGAUGUCGGUUUUCGCUUUGCUUCAUACAUGGAUAAUUACAUGGUGCUGCAGAAAGAGCCUGCAGGAGCUGUGAUCUGGGGCUAUGGCAUAUCUGGAGCCACAGUGACAGUGACUCUGUGCCAAGAUCAGGAAACCAUCAUGAAGAAAGUGACCAGUGUGAAAGCACACUCUAAUAGCUGGAUGGUGGUACUGGACCCCAUGAAGCCUGGUGGGCCUUAUGAAGUGAUGGCACAACAGACUUUGGGGAGAACAAACAUCACCCUGAGAGUUCAUGAUGUCCUGUUUGGAGACGUCUGGCUUUGCAGUGGGCAAAGUAACAUGCAGAUGACAGUUUCACAGAUAUUCAAUGCUACAAGGGAGCUGUCCAACACUGCUGCCUAUCAGUCUGUCCGCAUUCUCUCUGUGUCCCUUGUCCAGGCAGAGCAGGAGCUGGAGGACCUCAGUGGCGUUGACUUGCCGUGGUCUAAGCCCACCUCGGAAAAUUUAGGCCAUGGAAGUUUCACCUACAUGUCAGCGGUGUGUUGGCUUUUUGGGCGCUACCUGUAUGACACCGUGCGGUACCCCAUUGGGCUGAUCUCCUCCUCGUGGGGUGGGACACCCAUUGAAGCCUGGUCCUCUGGAAGGUCUCUGAAAGCCUGUGGGGUGCCUAGGCACGGGUUCAUUCCAUCUGAUUCUGUAACGGGUCCCAGUGAGUACUCUGUUCUCUGGAAUGCCAUGAUCCACCCACUACAUAAUAUGACUCUGAAAGGGGUGAUAUGGUACCAGGGGGAGGCUAAUGCAAAUUUUAACAGAGACCUGUACAAUUGCACAUUCCCUGCACUCAUUGAAGACUGGCGCCAAACCUUCCACCGAGGCUCCCAGGGGCAGACGGAGCACUUCUUCCCAUUUGGAUUUGUCCAGUUAUCUUCAUAUUUGUCUGGUGCAACUUCAGACGAUCAAUUUCCCCAGAUCCGGUGGCAUCAAACAGCAGACUUUGGCAAUGUCCCCAACCUCAGGAUGCCCAAUACUUUCAUGGCUGUAGCUAUGGAUCUUGGUGAUAGGAACUCGCCUUUUGGCAGCAUCCACCCUCGUGAUAAGCAGACUGUGGCCUAUCGGCUGCACUUAGGGGCCCGUGCUGUGGCUUAUGGUGAGAAGUUGAUCUUCCAAGGACCAUUGCCUGAGAAGAUCGAACUCUUGGCUGACAAGGGGCUGCUCAACCUCACAUAUUCCCAGCAAGUCCAGGUGCAGAGGCAGGACGACAAGAUAUUUGAGGUCUCAUGCUGCAGCGACCAUGAGUGCAAGUGGCUUCCAGCUCCCAUGAGCAUUUCCUCCACUCAGACCCUGGCCCUGAAUAUCCGUUCUUGUCGUGGUGCUCUGGGUGCUGUUCGCUACGCCUGGACCACGUGGCCUUGUGAAUACAAAGAGUGUCCCCUCUACCACCCCAGCAGCACCCUGCCGGCACCUCCCUUCACUGCUCUCACUACAAACCGCAUCCCUGGUUAGCACAGCAAGUUGCUAAGUGACUUAGUUGCAGUAUGAUCAGAUUUUAAGACACAAGAGUGGAUCCUUUAGCUUUGGGCAUUUAGGAGUUUAACCUCUGUGACAACUAUUGCUUUUAAAGUAAAUUAACAGAAAAGCCUCAUUGGACAGCUCCCAGGAACAUUUGGCUGUUUCUAUAUUCUGAUGGGCCAGGGCUGGUGGGCAAACAGCAUACUUGCCUUUUGUCCCCUAGUUAGUCCAGGUGUCUGUAUUGGACUAAUUCCUAAGUACAAACUGAACCUCAGUGCCCUUCACUUCCCCUGUUGUCAGGAGUUCAAUGUCUAACACUUUUGUCUCCUUAUAUCCAGAAUUGUGGAGACUCAGGGUUGGAAGACAUUUCAAGGUCAUGUAGGUCAGAUAAUAUUUAUGUGUUCUUCACAAAAUCUGACAAGUGGUUAUUGAAUCUCUGUAUGAAGUCUCCGUUCUAGACUUCCCAAGUUUUUCCUUAUGUGGAACUGAAAUCUCUUCCACUAUACAGCAGUGUUUCAGAUGCCUGAACAUAACUGUGUUCUUUCUAAGCCAGAAACAAUUUUAUUCCUUCAGUCUAAAUUAUGAUAAUAUGAAUGGGAAAACAAACCCGACCCUGUGGAGGGUGUGGGGAGGGGCUAAGCUGCCCUAAGGAAGGGAGAGGCAGUGGCCCAGGAGGGGGCCACAGGCUUGGGAAAACGUCAGUAGAGGUCACUGAGAGGCAAUGGGGUAGAGUUAAAUGUAAGUCUCAGGCUCCUUAAAGAUAAGAGAUUUAAAUAUAAAAAGGAUAAUCCAGAUGGAAGGAAAAAGUGAGGCUGAAAGCAAAGCUACAUGAUAAGCAUCUAGAAAAAUAAUCCAGAUGGGACUGUGUGAAAGAGGACUUUUGUGUGUACUGUUAAGAUCAAUGCCGUUGGCUGAUUAAAAACAGCUAACACCACUUGAUAACUGUGCUAUCUAUUAUAGCAGUUGGAAAUAAAAGUAUAAUCAUUAGUGAUAUGUAUACAUUUACAUCCAGUCAAAACUGGGUUAGGAACAGGCUUCUGAAUUAUUAUUGGAAGCAUGAGAAAGGAGUACAACAGAUCUCUGAGCAGCUCCCAUCCCGUGAUGUGAAACGACUACCAAAGCUCUACGCACCACUCUGUCCCUGCUGCCCCGAGUCCUGGUGCGGCUGUCGACAGCAUGGAGAACUGUCAGUGCCAGGAUUUUGUUUAGCAAAACACUACAACUAUGUGCAAGGAGCUUUGGUUCAUCUGAGGACUUCCUAGUGUACAAUUAACUCUUAACACCCAUGCUUUGACCUCUUAUGCACCUGAUCUAAUGGGAACUACGAACCUAGUACGAGACAGACUCCUGAAAAAACUAAUUCUACCUGUGCCCCUCCCUCCCCCACUGCACUUACACCCACGGGCCGGUCUAACUUGGAGGCAGUGAGGGAAGCCAGGUUCCCUUCACCCCACCAGGAACCAAAUGUGCACGGGGUGAAAAAUGAGGUUUAGGUAGUGGAGAUAUUGAUGAAAAGUCAUGUGGAAGUUAAUUUAUUUUUAAUGGUUGAAUGAUUUAAAACAUUCUGUGGGAAUUCAGUUUAUUUCCCAUAUGAAAGUAACUAUAUUGUUUGAAAAAUGAAAUUCAUAAUUCUUAUAGAUUUGGACACUAACAAUAAGUAUAAACAAACAAAAAUCACCCCCAAAUUCAUUGUUUGGAAACAGUAUUUUGGUGAACAUUGACUUGUUUGCAUUAUAUUUUAGACAUUACAUGCUAUAUUAUUUUGUAAUGUUUUUGACUUAUUCUAGUAAAAUUAAUUUUCCCAUGUA